GUAGAUGUUAUGGCCGUCGCGAUGCAGCCGGGGGACGUUCCUCACUGCCCUGCGGGUCUGGCGGAGGUGAAUAAGAUGAUAAUCGAGCACGCGGACCUGUUUUCUGACUCCCAGUGUAAAGUCUGCAGCGCUGUCCUCAAUUCACAGUCUCAGAAGUUGACUCAUUAUCAGAGCAAGAAACAUGCCAACAGAGUGCGUCGUUUUCUUUCCAGCACGAACGGAGAAGAGCCAGCGAAUAAAAAGUUAAAGACGAAAUCUGAAAGUGAGGACAGUCAAAAUGGAGAUCGCUAUAAGGUGUGUCAUAUAUGUAACAUGACAUUCUCUGCUCCUGUGGUGGCCAAUUCUCACUACAACGGCAAAACUCACGCCAAGAACCUGAGGCUGAAGGUGGUUGGUCCCCACCCCCCAGCAGUCGCCUUUCAAACUGCACCAACGGCUCAGCCCAAGAAGAAACCUGCAGAUGAUGUGAUCGCUGUGGCGGUGACGGGCGGCGGCAACAACAACAACAACAAUAACAAUGACAACAACAACGACAACCCAGACCGUUUUUGCUCCAUCUGUCAGGCCUCCUUCAACAACCCACUCAUGGCCCAGCAGCACUACGUUGGCAAGAAGCAUCGAAAACAGAUGACCAAGCUCAAACUGAUGGAGACGUACGGUCCCUCCACGGCACCAGGUUCCACACUAAAGGGUUACCCAUGUGCCGUCUGCAAGAUUGAACUAAACUCGGUGGAGCAGUACCAGUCUCAUAUCAGUGGUUCAAAACAUAAGAACCAAAUAAAGAAGUCAGGCCAGAGCACUACAGAAACACUACCAGCAGAAGAGCAACCGCACGGAGACAACAACCAGGUCGCCAGCGGAGACGGAGACCAAUACACUGCCGAAGAUGACCAGUUUGCCCCUGUGGACGACCAGUAUGCCGCUGGAAAUGACCAGUAUGCCCCUGGAAAUGACCAGUAUGCUGCUGGAAAUGAACAGUAUGCCCCUCUAGAUGACCAGUAUGCCCCUGGAAAUGACCAGUACGUCGCUGGUGAUGACCAGUUUGCCCCUGGAAAUGACCAGUACGUCGCUGGAGAUGACGCUUUCGGGGAUGACCAGUACACAGGCGAAGUAAACAAGUACACCCCAGAGGACACGCUGUACUCAGAGGAAUGCCAGUUCUCCUAAGGCUGGACUGGGUCAUGGCGGCUGAGGUUUCAGUCAGGACUUGGAAUCACACACAGCAACCAGCCCCUUUAACACAUUAACCAACCAUCACCAUCCACCGACCUCCAGCUCCAGUCUGUUCUCAGUGGGUGUUCCCUGGGAGAGUCAUCUAAAGUGCGGGUUUGAUUCCUGGAAUUACCCCGUGCUUUAAAGUCUUUUUGCGUUCUCAGCUGGAACAGCUGAAUAUGUCUAUUGUUAGUUCUCAUAUUGAAAAAAGUUUGUGGUGCAAUGAUGGUAAGAAGUUACUCCCUUCACCAUGUGAUAAUGGGCUAAAAUGUGAUGCAGCUCCACCUAUGGUCACAAUGAAGAAUGUUUCCGAGGGUUCAUCUCAACCUCUCUUUGAAAACAAUAUACUGACUGAAACACACUCCACAUAUGUACCUUAUGGCUGAGUGUCAUCGGAAAUAUGUCAAUACUGAUGCUGUUUUUAUGAUCGGUACUUCAGUGCUGCUGUCAGACACAUUUCAGGUGAGGUUUGAAACUCAGCCAUGGUGUACAUAUACACAAUGUCUAUCAAAAGUAUUCACCCUUUUGUUGCUUUUAUACAUGAAAUCAUGGUCAAUAUAAUUUGGCUUUUUUUGACAAGAAUUUGCAAAAAAAGCUUCUUUCAUGUCAAAGUGAAAACAGAUUUAUACAAACUGUCAAUUAACACAAA